AUGUCGUGGCUCGGGAUCACACCCCUCAAGAAGUUCCCGACGCCAGUGUUGAGGCCCAUGGCUCCCUUCUUCAUUGCCGGUCUGGUCAUCGCCUACGGUGUCAACGCUGCGCAAAACGCCAUGAUGAACUCCGACGAGUUCAAGAACGACCCGAGAAAUCCGCGGGCCAAGUCGGGCGCCCAUUAG